UGGGGUUCUAGGUCUAUCUCGUCACCUUCCACUUUUCUCUCCAUCCAUUUGGCCUUCAGAUAGACUCCUGCAGGGAUGGCGGAGCUGGAGGGCUUGGAGUUUGGAAAGUCAGACUUUGUGCUUCUAGACGAGGUGACCAUGGAGCAGUUUAUGGAGAACUUGAAGUUAAGGUUUGAGAAAGCCCGUAUUUACACUUUCAUUGGAGAAGUAGUGGUGUCAGUCAAUCCGUACAGACAUUUGGAUAUCUAUGGGAAGGAGGUCAUUGAGGACUACAGGGGAAGAGAACUGUAUGAGAAUCCACCUCACCUGUAUGCUGUCGCAGACGCUGCUUAUAAAGCCAUGAAGAGACGAGCCAAAGACACAUGCAUCGUCAUUUCAG